AUGGAUGGGAGUAAAAGCUUGAUACAGUUGGUCUUUUCUUGGUCUGUUCAAGAUGUUCUUAACGAAGACCUCUAUAAGGACAAGGUGAGGAAAAUUCAGAAGACAUUCCCGUCAGUCACUCACUAUAGGAACUCAUUUAUUCCACCACUUAUUGAGGAAACUCGUGCUGAUUUGUGUUCAAGCUUGAUGACGGUGUCGUUGGCACCAGCAUGUGAAAUAUUGUACAUUGAGAAGUCUGGGGAUUACAAGGAGCCUGAUGAUUUGAUAUAUGAUGUUGGAGUGAAUAAAAUGAGUGAUGCGGAAAAUGAGAAGGAAGUGUAUGUGCCUGAGAAUGGAGAUCUCCUUGUGUUGGCAGAGGUACGGCCGAAAUGCAUUGCUGAUUUGAGCUGGUCUAGUGGAUUAUACAAGAUUGCUUUAGUUCAAAGGAAAAAAAGAUUUGAACAUGAAGAUUAUGACGAGAUUCAAAUUUUAUCAUCCAAGGCCAUAGAAGAGCAAGACAUGCAGAAACGUAACGAGCGAAAGACUCGUUUUGCUGUUUUUCUAACAAACAUGAAAACACAUGUUCGAAUAUGGAAGGCACUGAACCUGCUAGGAGAAGGGAACAUGGGCAUCAUUAAACAAGUGCUGCAAACUGAUUCCACUGUGGUAGACAAUUGUGCCAAGUGUUUCAUUAGAGAAAAGCGCAGCGUUGAUGUAUCAACUUUAGGUGCAUAUAUUCGCUCUUUUGAUCUAAAUGCUUCCCAAGAAGAAGCAGUUUUAACCUGCAUAUGUGCGAGGGAAUGCUGUCAUCAGAAUUCGGUCAAGCUAAUAUGGGGUCCUCCUGGGACAGGAAAAACAAAGACUGUUGGUGCAUUAUUAUUUGCAUUUUUUAAAAGGAAAUGCAGAACACUUACUUGUGCCCCAACUAAUGUGGCAGUGUUAGAAGUUACGUCGCAGCUUCUGAAUUUGGUAAUCCCAGAGCUUGAAUAUCAGACGUAUGGUCUUGGAGAUAUUAUCUUAUUUGGGAAUGGUGAGCAGAUGAAGAUCAGUAACCGUGAUGACCUUCUUGAUGUAUUUCUCGACUGUCGCGCUCAUAUACUUUCCGAUUGUUUUGCACCUUCAUGUGGGUGGAAUUAUCUUGUAAGAUUGCUGAUAUGCUUGCUUGAAGAUCCUGGCAAGCUUUACUAUGAGUACCUGGAAAAACAAGUCAAUAGAAAGAAAGACAAAAAUUUCAAAGCACGAGAGAAGGGGAUUCUGGGUAAUGAGAAGCUUCAAAACAAUGGAGAAAAACAGGAUGACGUCAAUGCUGAAGAAUCCAGAAACCAAAAUAACAACUCUUCUCGAAGGAAACUUAUUUCACAAACCUUAGAAGAAAGCAAGAAGACAUGGAAGGAGAAAUCUUAUUGUAGGAAGGAAAGCCGCAUGAAGCACAGCAGAAAAGAGGACAAAGUUCCUCUUUCUCAAAAUCAUGAAAUUGAUGGAUUGACAUUUGAGGAGUUUGUAAACCGUAUAUUUAAUGACUGCAAAGAUCAGAUACGGAUGCAUGUUGUAAUCAUGUAUACUCACUUGCCAACCUCUAUCAUUUCUCCAAGAGUGGUAAAAAUGAUGAUUAAAUUUCUUGAGUUUCUUGAACUGCUUGAUUCUUUAUUACAGGCUGCUGAUGAAGGUUUAAGUCAUGCCUGCAGCCAACCUAUGGAUGAAAUUAACGGAAUUGGCUUUUCUAAGCAGUCGAAGCUGGAUGAGGCUAGAAAACAUUGCCUUCAAACACUCAAAUUGCUCCACAGUAAAUUUACUCUUCCAGACAUUUCUGGGAAAUCUAAGAUCAAACAUUUCUGUUUAGAAAAUGCUCGCUUGAUAUUUUGCACUGCUUCAAGCUCUGCUAAGUUGUAUGCAGAGGAUAUGUUACGACUGAGUGUGGAAGUGUUGAUUUUAGAUGAAGCAGCCCAACUGAAAGAGUGUGAAUCAACUAUUCUUUUACAAUUUCCUGGUGUGCGUCAUGCUAUCCUCGUUGGGGAUGAGUGCCAGUUGCUUGCAAUGGUUCAAAGCGAGGCUUCUAAGAAGGCUGGAUUUGGAAGAAGUUUAUUCCAAAGACUGGCACAACUGGGACACAAAAAGCACCUUCUGAAUGUUCAGUAUAGAAUGCAUCCAUCAAUAAGCUUGUUUCCAAAUGUAGAGUUCUAUGGAAAGCAGAUUAUUGAUGCUCCACUUGUUAAAGAAAGAAGCAAUGGAAAGUGUCUUCUUCAAGGAAAAAUGUAUGGCAGCUAUUCUUUCAUAAAUGUAGCCUAUGGACAUGAAGAGGUUGAUGGUGGGAAAGGCCAAAAAAAUGUGGCAGAGGUAGCCGUUGUCUCUGAAAUAAUUGCGAAACUUUUUAAAGAAUCAGUUUUGACGAAAGAGAGAUUAAGCAUUGGUGUUAUAUCACCUUACAAUGCUCAGGUUUCUGCUAUUCAGGAGAAACUUGGAAAGACAUUAAGUAGGGGUUCUGGCAUUGGUUUCUCUGUCAGCGUGCGCUCUGUUGAUGGGUUUCAAGGUGGCGAGGAAGAUAUUGUAUUAAUCUCCACUGUCAGACGUGAUUUGAUGGGUUUGGCCGGGUUCCUUUCCAGUCCCCAGGGAACAAAUGUGGCUUUGACUCGUGCAAGGUAUUGCCUCUGGAUUGUGGGAAAUGGAGUAACUUUAAGUAAUAGUAAUUCUGUUUGGGAGAGAUUGGUCAUUGAUGCCAAGACUCGGGGAUGUUUUUAUAAUGCUGACGAGGAUGAGAGUUUGGCUCAGGCUAUCGUAGCUGCACUGAUGGAGGUUGACAAACCUGAUCAAUUUCCUAAUGUAGAUUCAGUCCUGUUUGAAAAUGCAAGGUGGAAGAAAUAG